UGAAAUGCAUUGGAUUUCAUCACAACAUAAACAGUAAAAGUGUUUCUCAUUUGAAGUGAAAUACAGGCAAACAAUCGAUACAAUCAUUGCUGAAGACAGACAUAAAGACAUGGAUUCAAUGGAUUUCCUCAACGACGACAACGACGACGACACCAAUGCAUACAAAUUGUUUGGCGGCAAAGAAGGCAUUGUUUUCAUCAUUGAUGUGACGAAAGACAUGUUUACCUCCGAUGGACACCACUUCUCACUCUCCCGACAGUGCGUGGAGAAUGUGAUGAAAAACAAAGCCAUCGCGAGUCCAUCCGACGAAUCGGCGCUUAUUUUUAUGGGAACCGAUAAGACGGACAAUGAGUUAGCGUUUGAACACAUUGUCGUCGACCAUAAGCUCCAGAAGCCGAGCGUCGAUCUGAUUCUUGGUAUCCGAGAGCUUACCGAAGAGGUCUUUGAGACCCGCUUUGGACACAACGGCCGCUACUCUUUAGCCGAUGUCUUUAUGAUUGCUAUAUCGGAGUUCACUAAAAGCAAAUCUCAUUUCGCGACAAAACGCGUCAUUUUGAUGACUUGUUGUGCGAAUCCUUAUUCAGACAACACCACCAAAAGCAGACACUUGAGGUCUACAGCCAUUAGUAGAGCCAAAGAUUUUAAAGACCACAACAUCGACGUUGAAUUGAUCCCAAUUGGAGACAAAGCGUUUGACACCGAAGUGUUUUAUGAGGCUGUGUUUCCACAUCUGAAAGACGACAAGACUGACAAUAAAGUGGUAAAAUUGGAUCAAUUAAUGUCUAGAGUUUAUAGCAAAAACCACACGCAAAGGAUAUUGGCUUCACUGCCGUUCCGUUUUGGCUCAACCACUGGACCCGAUGGAAAGUUAACUGAUGUCCAGAUGACUGUCUAUGUCUACAGUCUCUGUUUGGAGACCAAAAAGCCGACGGCUAUUCGAGUCGAUCGUAAUGACAAUAAACCAGUUGUGGCGCAAACCCAGCGCUGGACAGCAGACGUCGGGGCGAGCGUUACGUGUGCCAACAGAGAGAAAGUGGUCAUCUGUCGGCUCACACUCAGGAAGUCAUCGCCGCCUCAUUUGGUGGCACUUUUACCUCAAUUAGAAGACACUUCAACGGGAAAACCCGGAGGUUUUCAAGUGAUAUAUUUGCCAUUCAAAGAAGACGUACGACAUCUGGCCGUCGACGGGGCGAAGAACCUCGGCGUCAAACCCGAGGCCUUAGAGUUGGCUAAAAAUGUUGUCGAAAAGUUGACAUUUGCUUUCGAUGCGAAGGACUUUGAGAAUCCAGUGCUUCAAACACAUUGGCGUACGAUUGAAGCGCUGGCUCUUAACGAGGCUGACGUC